CUGCCAGGCACGAGACUCUGGCCUUUCUCCCAGCUCCUCAUCUACUUCAGUAGACCCUCUAGCGCGCACUCACAGGCUCAUCCUUGCUUGCAAACGGCUAGGCAAGCUCUUCGUGGCUGGAAAGACCGUUGCUCAAGUCAUACCGAACAAGGCGGGCCCAGCAUGGCUUCGAAUCCCAUUUCGCUCAAGCAGCGACUGGCUGCUUUAUCUGCAAACAUGCCCGGAAUACGCAUGGACUCCCCGCCUUCAUCGCCAGGCUGGAGACGGAAGAACUUCUUUGGAACACCGUCACGGUCGCGGACUAUGGACAGGGAUCCUCCGAGGCAGGGGCAGGACGGCUUGGAGAGCGUGAUGAGCCGGGUCAUCUUCCAGGCAGGAGUGGACUACGAAACAAGACCAAUGGUGGUCAUGAACGCUUCAGGACUGCCAGACCCACGAGAAGUCAACUACGAUGAGCUGCUAGCUCGGAUACUAUCGUAUCUAGACCUCUACGUCGAGUCUGACUACACGGUCGUGUUCUUCGCUGCUGGUGGAAGGAAUACACCAGGCUGGAACUGGGUAUGGAAAGCAUACCGCAGUUUGAGCAGAAAGUACCGUAAGAACCUCAAGAAACUAUUCAUCGUUCAUUCGACUUUCUUCACGAAAAUGCUCUUCUCCCUGGCUGGAACCAUUAUUAGUCCCAAAUUUUUCCGCAAGAUAACUUAUGUCACUACGCUAUCGGAACUUGCAUGUCAUAUACCACUUACACAGAUAGAUGUCCCUCCAGCCGUAUACCAGGAGAACCUCAAACAUGAGAAGCAGAUUACCCUGCCUAUGCCUACUCGAGCUGACCUGUUCGGUGUUCCACUGGAGGAGUUGAUGGGCUACGAUGGUGAGAAGGGCGGUUUGCCGAGAGUCGUGAAGGACUGCAUACAGUACCUUCGGGCAACAGGGUUGCAAGACGAAGGGCUGUUCCGGCGAUCACCGAAUUCGGUCAUGCUCAAGCAGGCUCAGCAGGCGUAUGAUAGAGGACACGUCGUCUCACUGGACAGAUUCGGCGACCCGCACCUUGCCGCAGUGCUGCUCAAGAAGUACCUGCGGGACCUGCCUACACCGCUGUUCCCUGAGCACCUCUAUCCCCUCAUCUCGAGGUGUCCGCAGCCAAGCGAUGACCCAACCGAUAUAUCCUCAGUGAUCUACAUUCGAGAAACGCUCAUGCCUGAGCUGCCGCACUGCUCUUACAUCCUACUUGCCACCAUCCUCCAGCUGAUGCACGAGGUAUCAUUGCGCUCUGCGACGAACCGCAUGGACGCGCACAACCUCGCCUUGGUCAUCACGCCCAACCUCGUCUCAGGCUCGAACCCGCUCCGCGACGUCAUGAUGUGCUCCAUCCCCUCCGGGCCCGCACCCUUCCCCACGGCACCAACGUCCCCGACUUCCAGUAACAUGGGCAAGACGACCCUCGGCGCUGUCGUCAAGCUCUGCAUACAGCGCUACUACGAGGUAUUCGACGAGGUGCCCGACAGGAGCGAGGCGAUCCCGCAGCGGGAGUUCGAGCCGCGCCCCGCCUCGCCGGCCUCCUCGAGCGGGUCCGCACGGGACAGGCGCGCGCACGACGACGACGAGGAGAUCGACGACGCGAUGCUCGUCAUGCCCAUCGGGCCCAGCGGCAGCGGCAGCAGCCAGCCCGACGGCACACACAAGCCCGGGCGGCCCGCGCCGCCACCGCCGCUCCCCUACAAGCCGCGCACGCUCCCGAAUCGCGCCGCGGCGUCACCGCCGACGUCGCCGAGCGGACGGUCGGCGUUCACGACGCUCGCGGGCGGGCGGAGCGGCGCGCCGUCGAGCUAUACGCCGUACGGGACGGUGAACAAGGCGCGCUCGACGAUCAGCAUUGAGCGCGGGACGGCGCGCGGGAAGGGGAGCAUCUCUGUCGGGCGCGGCGCGGCGAAGCGCACGACGGGCGCGGGCGUGGAGGCGACAGACAUCACGGCGGAGGGGUUCUUCACGGCCCCGGACGCUCCGCCUGUGCCUGUGCUGCCGAGCCAGGUGAAAGCGAAUGGGGGCAGCUUGCCUGCGGGGCAGUCACCUUAGGCUUGGGGUCUGUGGUCUGUGUGCUUGUUUGGGAUGCCUUUGGAUGUGCUUUCAGUUAUUUACGGUAUUGUUCGGUCGGCGCGGCUCCGAGACUAUUCCUUUUUGUUCUGCGAUGUAUUUUAUGGGUUCCCACCGGUAAUGACCAGUCCGCCUCAGCUGCUACCUUGCUGCUAUGCUAGGCUAUGCUCCAUCCAUCUCGGUACCGAUGCCUUUGGUCAUCCACCGGCACACGCUGUACGUGGCUGGUCUGCAUGAUUGAUCAAUGAUACAGCGGAAGAUGGAAAGGCGCCCAUUAAGCCCCACCCAAAAUUUCCUUUUACAGGGACCGAGCCACCUCCAGCCACUUCCCGAUCCAUCCCGAUCCGUUCGGUAGCCACGCGGCGACUGAGUCAAUGAUCGAUUGGGCCCCGAAAAGGAAGGUCUCAUGGUUUACACGCUGACUCGAGUGGGCGCAUAAAAAGCCUGCAUUCCGCGAGGCAGACCUGCUUCCCC